UCCUUCAUGAUAGCUACCCCUUAAUGACUCACUCUCCUAUAAAUACUGAAUCUUUCAUGCAGUUUUUCACAGUAAUCACUAACACCAAAACCUCUUCUUUCCUACCAUCUAUCUAUUCCUCCAAUUCUAACAAUAUUAGUGAGGAAAUCUAAUAACAUAAGCAUUGGAGGUCGCAAAUUUUUUCUUUCUACCCAUGACUGCUAAGGCCAGUAGCCCCAGAAGGGGUCAUAACUGGCCACCAAUGGCAAUGGCAUUGGCCAUUGUUUUGAUUUCCACUACUGUCGAUUCUGCUGCUGCAGAUAGUUACAUUUACUCUUCUCCUCCACCACCUUAUGAGUACAAGUCACCGCCACCACCGUCUACUUCACCACCACCACCUUAUGUGUACAAGUCACCGCCACCUCCACCUUAUGAACACAAGGCUCCAUCUUAUAAGUAUAAAUCACCACCUCCUCCAUCCCCAUCACCUCCAUAUGUGUAUAAGUCACCACCUCCACAGUCACCCUCACCUCCACCUCCUUAUGUGUACAAGUCUCCACCACCUCCACCAUAUGUGCAAAAGGAUCCACCAUAUGUCUACAAGUCACCACCUCCUCCAUCCCCAUCACCUCCAUAUGUGUACAAGUCACCACCUCCACCUCCUUAUGUGUACAAGUCUCCACCACCACCACCAUAUGUGCACAAGGACCCAUCAUAUGUCUACAAGUCACCACCUCCUCCAUCCCCAACACCACCACCUCCAUAUGUGUACAAGUCACCACCUCCACCACCUUAUGUAUACAAGUCACCACCUCCUCCACCUUAUGAACACAAGUCACCACCAUACUAUUACAAGAGUCCUCCACCACCCUCCCCCUCACCUCCACCUCCUUACUACUACAAAUCUCCUCCACCACCCUCACCUUCCCCUCCCCCACCAUACUAUUACAAGUCUCCUCCACCACCAUCUCCCUCACCCCCACCUCCAUAUUACUACAUGUCUCCCCCACCCCCUUCACCCUCCCCUCCCCCACCAUACUAUUACAAGUCUCCUCCACCCCCAUAUAUUCACAAGGACCCACCAUACUAUUACAAGUCCCCACCACCACCUUCCCCAUCUCCUCCACCACCAUACUACUAUAAGUCUCCCCCACCACCUUCACCAUCUCCUCCACCACCAUACUACUACAAAUCUCCACCUCCUCCGUCUCCCAUUCCCCAUACACCUUACUAUUACAAAUCUCCCCCACCACCUUCACCAUCCCCUCCACCUCCAUACUACUACAAAUCUCCUCCCCCUCCAUCUCCUAUUCCCCAUACUCCUUACUACUACAAGUCCCCACCACCACCCAAGGUCCUACCACCACCAUACUAUUAUAACUCUCCUCCUCCGCCUGUUGCAUAUCCUCACCCACAUCCCUACCACCACUCAUUGAUUGUGAAGGUAGUCGGUAAAGUCUACAGCUUCAGGUGCUAUAAUUGGGACUACCCUGAAAAGUCUCAUAACAAGAAACAUCUCAAAGGUGCUGUUGUUGAGGUAACUUGCAAAGCUGGAAGCAAAAUCAUCAAGGCUUAUGGCAAAACUAAGAUCAAUGGAAAGUACAGCAUCACAGUUGAGGACUUUGACUAUGUCAAAUAUGGUGCCACAGUGUGUAAGGCCACCCUUUAUGCUGCACCUAAAGGAUCCCCCUUCAACAUACCCACUAAGCUAAAUGAAGGAACUAAAUUGUACUUGAAAUCCAAGGACAAGUAUGAGGUUGUGCUUAAGGCUAAGCCAUUUGCUUACGCUUCAAAGAAACAUUUUAAAGAAUGUGACAAGCCCAAGCCUUCACCAACUCCAUACUACUACAAAUCACCACCACCUCCCACACCAGUUUACAAGUACAAAUCGCCACCUCCACCCGUCCAUUAUUAUUCACCUCCAUAUUACUACAAGUCACCUCCACCUCCAUCACCGGUUUACAAGUACAAUUCCCCACCUCCACCAGUCCACCAUUAUGAUCCUCCAUAUUACUACAAGUCACCUCCACCUCCCUCGCCAGUUUACAAGUACAACUCUCCACCUCCACCAGUUCACCAUUACGAUCCUCCAUAUUACUACAAGUCACCUCCACCUCCCUCACCGGUUUACAAGUAUAACUCACCACCUCCACCAGUAUAUUAUUAUUCACCUCCAUAUUACUACAAAUCACCUCCUCCUCCUGUGAAAUCGCCACCACCUCCAUACUACUACAAAUCACCUCCUCCUCCCUCACCAGCUUACAAGUACAACUCACCACCUCCACCAGUUCAGUAUUACUCUCCUCCAUAUUACUACAAGUCACCUCCACCUCCGUCACCAGUUUACAAGUACAACUCCCCACCUCCACCAGUCCACCAUUAUGAUCCUCCAUACUACUAUAAGUCACCACCACCACCAUCCCCAUCUCCUCCUCCACCAUACUACUAUAAGUCCCCACCACCACCAUCACCAUCUCCACCACCACCUUACUAUUAUAAGUCACCUCCUCCACCCAAGGAGAUUUCACACCCACCAUAUUACUACAAGUCACCACCCCCACCAUCACCAUCCCCUCCUCCACCAUACUAUUACAAGUCCCCACCUCCACCAUCACCAUCCCCACCCCCACCAUACUAUUACAAAUCUCCUCCACCACCAUCACCAUCCCCACCACCUCCCUACUAUUACAAAUCACCUCCACCACCCUCACCAUCACCACCACCUCCUUACUAUUACAAAUCUCCCCCACCUCCAUCUCCAUCACCACCACCUCCUUAUCACUAUCAAAGUCCUCCUCCACCAUCUCCCAUUUUUCAUCCUCCCUACUACUACAAAUCCCCUCCACCACCAUCGCCGUCUCCUCCACCUCCUUACCAAUAUGUGAGUCCUCCCCCACCAGUAAAGUCACCUCCGCCACCAAGUUAUAUCUAUGCUUCACCACCACCACCUAUUUACAACUAAGCUCAAAUAGCAGAAGCACCAUUCAUGAUAAAUCAUGUUCUUGUUUUCAUCAAGGAAUAAAGGCAAGCUCCAUUUGGAGUAAAGUGAAACAUCUAGCUUCUUGUCCAAAUUAUUCGAAAAAAGUGUGAACUUCCCAUCAUUGAGCUACGAUAUUCGUGAUCUAGAUGAGAUGGAGUUUAUUUAUUCAAUGGCCAUCUUGAACUUCCGAAUCCUACUGUACUCAUGUGACCGACAAAUCAAAAAGUGGAAGCGAGAUUAAUUUAUUUGUGAUCUCUUUGAUUUAUAUGUGCAUAGAUUAAUUUUUGUGUAUGAUAGCUUUUCUUUUUAUUGUGGAUUUUUUGUAUUGUACCCUGUUGUGUUUGGAAUAAUAAGUAUAUCGAUGAGAAUUAUAUUCAUUUUUUUUACCAUCUAA